AUGAAGCUUCUUGCCGUUACCCUUGCUAUGCUCGCCGCUUCGGCUGCUCCCACCGCUGCCAUGUCCCGUUGGUGUUCUCACCCUGCUGAGCCCUGCUACAAGAUGAAACGCACAAACGAUAUCUCCUCUGAGGUCAAGCGUUCUGCAGAGGCCCUCGCUGAGGCUAUGGCUGAGGCUCAGCCUGAGGCCAUGUCCCGCUGGUGCUCCCACCCGGGUGAGCCCUGCUUCAAGGUCAAGCGUGCCGCUGAGGCCGUCGAUGAGGUCAAGCGCUCUGCCGAUGCUCUCGCUGAGGCCAUGGCUGCUCUUGAUGAUGAGUAA